GCUCUUGAUCCAAAAAUUGUUGAAGAACAUUUGGUAUGGAAUGGUUUUCUAAAGGGUUAUACUGAAUGGGUACUCCAUGGAGAGUUCAUACCUUCAUGUAACCAACCCUCCGAUCUAGAAGACACCUUCAAUUUUGGAUGUAGUGUCACGGAACAAAAUUCUGUAGAAGAAGAUGAUAUAAGGGGCCUACUUAGAGAUGCUCUUGGACAUAAUAUCAGAACUGUAGGAGAAGAUGAGCGUGCAGUUAUUGAUCAGUCCAUGCAUGUUGAGGAAUCUAUACAUGCUGAUGACACAGCUUAUUAUGAUAACUUGGUGAAAGAUUGUGAUCAAGAACUGUAUCCGGGUUGUAAGAAUUUUACGAAGAUUUCUUUUCUUCUGCAUUUAUUACAUUUGAAAUAUUUGAAUGGGUGGUCCAGCAAGUCUUUUACCAUGCUUCUUCAAUUAUUAAAGGAUGCAUUUCCGGAAGGUGUUACUCUGCCAUCAUCUUCAUAUGAAGCCAAAAAACUGAUAAAAGAGUUGGACCUUGGAUAUGAGAAGAUACACAGUUGUCCGAAUGACUGCAUUUUAUAUCGUGGUGAAAAUAGGAACCAAGAGUCGUGCCGAAUAUGUGGAACCCCACGAUGGGGAAAACAUAAAGAUGACGAGAAUGAUUCGUUGACUGAAGUGGAUGCUGAACCGACUAAGAAAAAACCGGCUAAAAUUUUGAGGUAUUUUCCUCUUAUACCAAGAUUGAAAAGGAUGUUUGCAUCACCGAAGACGGCUUCCUCGAUGAGAUGGCAUGACGAAGGUCGUACAAAGGAUGGAAUGUUACGACACCCAGCGGAUAGUCCCGCAUGGAAAGCAUUUGAUGAUAGGCAUCCCGAAUUUGCUUCUGAUGCUCGCAGUGUCAGACUGGGUUUGGCGACUGAUGGGUUUAAUCCCUUUCGAACUAUGAGUUCUACAUACAGCACUUGGCCGGUUGUUUUGGUUCCAUAUAAUUUACCUCCAUGGAUGUGUAUGAAACAGUCUUCACUCAUUUUGUCAAUGGUUAUUCCAGGUGAUAAGGGCCCAGGUAAUGAUAUUGAUGUUUUUUUGCAGCCUUUAAUAGAGGAAUUGAAACAGUUAUGGGAGGGUAUUGAUGCAUUCGAUGCUUUUACUGGUCAAACAUUCAAAUUGCGUGCAGCUCUUAUAUGGACUAUUAAUGAUUUUCCUGCAUAUGCUAAUUUAUCCGGUUGGAGCACUAAGGGGCGUAUUGCAUGUCCUUCUUGUGGAGAUUCAACCCAUUCAUAUUGGUUAAAAAAUGGAGGAAAGUUCUGUUAUAUGGGCCAUCGUCGAUGGUUAGAACCAAACCAUCCAUUUCGAUUUCAGAAUGAUCUGUUUGAUAGUACCACAGAGUUGCGUUCUGCCCCUAUUCCACCAACUGGUACCGAAGUUCUUAGACAAAUGCAUGGCACAAAUUACAUACCUGGUAAGGUCUCCAAAUGUUUAAAGAAGAGGGGAAGGGAGGAUGUUGGUAGCUCAUUAAAUGAAGGGUUAAUAUCAGAGAUUUUAGAGGAUGCUAACUUUUUUGAGAAUGAUGACAAUGCAUAUGGACAGGAAAAUGAUGAUGACACAUUGGUUGCUUCUACACAGAAACAGUUAUGGAAAAAAAGGAGUAUUUUUUUUGAUUUACCUUAUUGGGAGUAUAAUCUUCUUCGACAUAAUCUUGAUGUCAUGCACAUAGAAAAGAAUGUUUGUGAUAACUUGAUUGGAACAUUGUUAAAUCUUGAUGGAAAGACUAAAGACAACUUGAAAGCGCGUCUUGAUUUGAAAGAUAUGGGCAUACGACAAGAGCUUCAUCCGACAGAGCUUGCCAAUGAUAAAUUUUAUAUACCUCCUGCAUGUUAUACAAUGUCUACUCAAGAGAAAGAUCUUUUUCUAACAGUUCUGAAAAAUUUGAAGGUUCCUGAUGGGUACUCAUCGAAUAUUUCACGAUGCGUAAAUCUCAAAGAGCGAAAACUUUCAAAUCUUAAAAGUCACGAUUGUCACAUUUUGAUGCAAGAUAUCUUUCCAUUGGCUUUAAGAUCGUCAACACCGAAACAAGUUUUUGCAAUUGUUUCUCAAUUGUCAUCAUUCUUUAAGGCAUUAUGUUCCAAAGUUCUUGAUCCUAAGGAGCUUGAUCAAUUGGAGACUAAUGUUGCACUUACACUAUGCCAUAUGGAAAAGAUCUUUCCUCCUGGAUUUUUUACUAUUAUGGUUCAUCUACUCAUUCACCUAGCGGCGGAAGCUAAACUUGGAGGACCGGUUCACUACCGAUGGAUGUAUCCUAUUGAGAGGUGAUUUUUCUAAACUCUAAUGUCCAUAUUUAAUAAUCAGUUUGAUUUUGAUAUUUAUUUUAAAAAUUUAUUGUUGAAGGUUUCUUAUGCGCUUAAAAGAUUAUGUACGCAAUCGAGCCUAUCCCGAGGGCUCGAUUGCUGAAGGAUAUAUUGCUGAGGAGUGUUUGACAUUUUGUUCGAGAUAUCUUGAAGGUGUUGAAACGGUUUUCAAUCGACCUCAAAGGAAUUGUGAUAUCAUAGAGAAUGCAGAUGUUUACAAGUUCUCAUCUGGCGGAAGAGUUUUGGGAAAAGUUGAAAGUAUUGUUCUUGACCAGAAAUCGUUGGCACAGGCACAUCGCUAUGUCUUACUUCAUAGUGAUAUAAUAUCCGAGUCUCGCAGAGAAUUUUUAAUAGCUCAGCGAAGUCUCAACCAUAACAUUCGUCCUACACCAAGGAUUGAGCAACGAUGGUUGGUUGAGUUAUUUCCAGAAUGGCUUUUCAAACAGGAUAGAUGUCUAAUAUAUUAAGCUUUUUUUUAAUUUUAUAGAGAGAAAUU